AUGUCUCUUGACUCUUUCUCAGCCGUUCUGAAGCCCCUGGAUGCGAGCGAGAUCCCAGGAUUCUUCUCCCGCUACCCGGUGGGCAUCAGCGUGGAAGCUGAUCGCAUCACCAAGGCCCUCCGCCAAAUCGGCAUCGAGGCGACAAUGCCCGACACGAGGGAGCGCCACCGUGCCAAGGUGAGGCAGGCCAGCCCCUAUGGCGACCCAUUUUCCAUCUGCCACUGCUCUGCCUUCCCUGACAGGCUAGAGCUUGUUGGAUAUAUCAUUGAGAUCCUGUGGAUCCACGAUGAUAUCAUCGAGGAACUCGACCACAGCAUCGCCAUGAAGGAGCACGAGCUCCUUGCCCAGAUGCUGACGGUCGACAUUGACCCGUCCACCUUUGCGGCUGUGAACCGCAGACAGAGUGCACUGGCACGCAUCCUCCGACUGGCCAUUGACAUGGAUCCUGCUCAAGGUCCCGCCCUCGUCAAGACGCUGCAGACCUACCUCGAGGCAUACGACAGCACCAGCGUCAACUUUGACAAGUUUGAGGAGUACAGCGCCUUUCGCAUCCUCAACUCUGGCUACGCCAUGUCCUCCUUCCUGAUGCGCUGGGGCAUGGGGUUCGACCUCUCGGAGGAGUACGCCCAGGUCAAGGAGUACGACAUGGCGAUCGCCAGCGCUGCCGGUCUGACCAACGACUACUUUAGCUGGAACGUGGAGAAAAACCAGCCGACGGACCGCGUCCGCAACGGCGUCGACGUGCUUCGUCGUGAGCUCAAGCUCUCCGACAGCGCGGCCAUGACCAUGCUGGCUGGUGUCAUUGUCGACGAGGAGCGCCGUGCCGUCAAGCUCAAGCAGGCUCUCUUCAAGCAGGAGCCCUCAGAGAGGGUGCUCCAGUACUGCACGGCGAUUGAGCUGUUUGCUGGUGGGAGCUGCUACUGGCAGGCGACUGCGCCUCGUUACCAGGUGCAGGAAGCUUGAUGUGAUGGCCUUUGGUGAAGAUGGUUGGACCAGAUAGAACUUGAAUGAUAGACAUGCUGAUUGACGGAACCUUUUCGUGAAUGCGCCCAUCUUCUACUCGAUUGUUAGCCCAGGGUUCGACGGACUCGACGCGAUGAUGGCUUAGGCGAUGUCUGCUGUGAUCGACCAGCGGUCAACAUUGUAUGAGAACAUACAGGGGUCAAUUGAAGACACCGAGUAAGAUCAACAAAGCCGCGAUCUCUUUCACAUAUGAUGGCUCGGCUGUCGAAGACUUUGCCAGAUCCAUCACACACAAAG